AUGAAUAGGGGCUACACUUCAAUCAACUGUGAGAAGUGCUGUAGGAAGGCCGCUCACCUCAUGGGAAUGACUCAGAACGACAUCCUUGGAAUGAUGAUUCUGAUGAACAGAAAACCAAAGUGCUCAUGUUGUGCUCCGUACGGCGCUAUAUCAAAGAUCCUGGCCGUGCCCGUGCAGGCUAUGCCGCUCUACAUGCCACCACCGCCACCACCACCUUCACCUCCAGCAGCCAGCUAUCAGCCACCAGUCUAUCCAACGAACAACAAUCAACCCACCGGAUACUGA